CAUUUUUGCGCUGCUCUGUUCUGCAAGUGAUCAGGAAGCGCUGCCGAUGAACGGUGCUAAUCAUGGACCAUCAUACGAUGUGAUAUGUCAACUGUGCCUAGUCUGAAGUUGCCUUAGUCCAGGACACAGCAGACCAGGAUGACUCUAAUAGAGGGGGUGGGUGAUGAGGUCACCCUGCUCUUUGGAGUAGUUUUCCUGGGGCUCGUCCUGGUUCUGGCCUGGGUCUCCACUCACACUGUUGAACCCCCUGAACACCUCAUCUCACCUAGCCCAGGGACCGCCCCCUCUACAGAGACUGACAGUCAGGAGCCUCUCCCUCCGGGUAACACAGACUCAUUGCCCGGUGGCAUCAGUGAGAGUGACAAGAAUGAGCCUGGAACAGAAGCGGGAGCAGAGGGACAGACCCCAGAUGGUAGUAGGACUGAAGGAGUUGAGGGAGGCCUCUUGGAGGAAGAAGGGAUUGGGCGGGAUGGGUUGAGACAUCGAGAUGCAGCAGGUCCCUCGUCUCAGCCUUCAGCCAGUGUCCCAAGUGCCACACAGCCUUUGGCCGAAGAUGCACCAAACGACACCCAAAGAAACAUGGUGCUCAGGCUGAAGUUCUUGAAUGAUACAGAGAGGUCAGCGCAAGUGAAUCCUCAAGACACAAUUGGAUAUCUUAAAAGGACUUACUUUGCUGGACAGGAACAUCAGGUUCGUCUGAUUUACCAGGGUCAGCUCCUACAGGAUGACACCCAGACGCUUGCCUCUCUCAACCUGGCUAACAACAGUGUUUUGCACUGCCACAUCUCACAGCAUGCCACACAGGCAAUGCCUGCAGGGGCACAGGCUGCAGAUCAGGUGCAUGUGGCACUCAACGUGGGCAGCCUCAUGGUGCCUCUGUUUGUGCUAAUGCUCUCUGUGCUCUGGUACUUCCAGAUCCAGUACCGCCAGUUCUUCACUGCACCUGCCACCGCCUCACUCGUGGGCAUCACCAUCUUCUUUAGUUUUGUUGCAUUUGGGGUAUACCGACGUUGAUGGCCAUUUGUGUGCACUCGUAUUCUGCAUUUACGUGUUUGCACACAUACGAAUACACAUACUUUGCACUUGCUCACUUAACCAGGGCCAGUGGCAAUGUCUUCUGGGAUUUAUGAACUUUUCAAUUUGAUUGAAGGCAAUGAUUUCAGAGAAUCACUCAUCUCUGAGGUCUUGUUUUGAUUGUGGUUUUAGUUUGUCUUUUUCUUCAUCACUUUUGCCAUCUGCACCAAGUUUAUGCUGGGUCACAGAUAUGCUACAUAUUUGAUUUUAAUUAUUAUUUUUUUUUUUAAAUAGAUGCUUAUUGUGCCUGUCCUCUUUCAUAUUUUUUUAUGUGCAUGCUGCCAGUGUGAAACUGGGGCUUGCUUGUAAGAGGGUAUAAAAAAUGAUGGUGUUACGACUGUCCAAGUUUCAAGCGAUGGCUCAUCAGGCUGUCUGUCGGACUUGAACUGUAUUUACGGAGAGCAGGCAGAACUGCUCUUAGAUGUUGGGAAAAUUAAAAUAAUUUGUGUACUAUAAGGUUUUUGAAAUGG